AUGGUCAAUAGCAAGCCUGACUUCCCAUCUCUCACGGGAGGCACAUCUGUGCAACUCCUUCUACUACUGUCCGGCAAAGGAAGUCGCAAUGGUCACAGCCGGUCUUUUACCAGAGAGAAGGGCAGGGCGAGGGAGAAUGGAGGAUCUCAUGACCACGACCUUCCAGUCUCCUUCACCCAGAAAUUCGCUUAUCGUUCUCCCCUCCUGUUCUCAUUCUGUCGUCCUUCACAAACCAGCCAUGGGAGCCACACGAAUUUAAAUGCGGAGAAAAGGGCGGUAGACAGUAGCAAUCCCAAUCUCGUCCGACUGGAGCACUUGUUGUGGAGGCCAUACGAGAUCUUCCCUGGAGUUUGGAAGUACAGGUACCGCAUAGGGCACCACGAUUGGCUGAUUUUCGACCACCAUGCUGAGAGAUAG